AUGCCUCGGAGUCCUACAUCCAGUGAAGAGCAGAUGGCCCAGAGUUUCUCUGACGGCUCUGGAGGUUUUGAGACAGACAGCUCCAAGGAGGAGCCUGGCCAUGGAGAACCGGGAGGAGAAAGGACUAGCAGGAGGACAGACAGGAGGACAUACAGGAGGGCAGAGAGGGACAGGGCUGCCCGUAGGGAGUCACUGGAAUUCUGUGUGGUCAUCCCUGACCUGCAGCAGUCUAAGUGUAUGAGGUUUAAGCCCGAGGCCACGGUGUGGGUUGCUAAGCAGCAGAUCCUGUGUACACUGACCCAGACUUUGAGGGACGUGCUGAACUACGGCCUCUUCCAGCCCGCUGUGGAGGGCCGAGAGUCCGGCUUCCUGGAUGAGGAGUGUGCCCUUAAAGACUACCCUACUCCCACCAACACGAAGGGGGUCCCCACUCUGGAGUUCCGUUACAAGAGCCGGGUUUAUCAACAGCCCAAUGUGAAUGAGAAGCAAAUCGCCAAAAUCCACACGCAGGCCAACUACAGGAAAUUAAUGGAUCACAUUCAGCAUCACCAGCUGGAUAAAAUAGCAAAAAUGCUGGAGAAAGGCCUCGAUCCCAACUACCACGACCCAGACACUGGUGAAACUCCACUGACCUUCGCUGCCCACCUGGACAAUGUGGCUCAGGUCAUCGUUGUACUGAAACACGGUGGAGCACAUCUUGACUUCAGAUCACAAGAUGGGAUGACCGCUCUCCACAAAGCAGUCAGGGCAAAGAAUCAGGUCACACUGAAGGCUCUACUAGAACUAGGCGCCUCCCCAGACUACAAGGACAGUCAAAGUCUGACGCCACUGUACCACACAGUCCUGGUGGGAGGAGACUCAGGUUGCUGUGAGCUCCUGCUGAGGGCCCGCGCCACAGUCUCCUGCCACGACGAGAAUGGCUGGCACGAGAUACACCAGGCGUGUAGAUAUGGACAUGUCCACCACCUGGAGCAGCUGUUGUUCUAUGGAGCAGAUAUGGGUGUCAUGAACGCCUCUGGAAACACGGCUCUACACAUCUGUGCUCUAUACAAAGAGGAACACUGUGCCAGAGUACUGCUUGUUCGUGGUGCCAACAAGGAAGUGAAGAACUACAGAAGCCAAACUCCAUUCCAGGUGGCCAUCAUCGCAGGAAACUUUGAAUUGGCAGAAUUAAUCAAGAACCAUAAAGAGACUGAUAUCGUGCCUUUCAAGGAGGCGCCGGCCCAACCCACCCGGCGCCAGCAGGCCUCACGGAGUACACUAGCUGCUCCACGGUCUAUGCUCCUACGCUCCAACAGCGACAACAACCUGAACGUGAACAACCAGUCACCCCUGCCCUCGCCGUGCCACUCUCCCCUUCAUAGCCUCUCCCCCCGUCGGUCCCAGCAGCAGCAGAUGCCCAGCCCCAAUGGAACAGUCAGGACCAUGGGGAAGGGGGCUCCCCGCCCUCCCCGUUCACGUUCGCCCUCCCUGGGGCGCCUGGGGGAGGAGACAACCAGACAGAUCCCCCAGCGCCAGCCCAGCCCACACAAGAGUCGGGAAGAGUUCACUGGUGGCACAGACCGCCAGGGGCCCCAGUGUAAGCUGUACAGUGCUGUGGCAGGGAAGCACUUUGUGGUGACUAAGUCCUACCAGCCACAGGCCGAAGGGGAGAUCACCCUGUACCAGAACGACAGGGUCAAAGUGCUCUCCAUAGGUGAGGGUGGUUUCUGGGAGGGCAGUGCCAGGGGUAACGUGGGAUGGUUCCCAGCAGAGUGUGUGGAGGAGACCCCUAACCAAGAGGAAAGACCAUAUGCCCGAGCAGACAGGGCUGAGAGAAGGAAGCUUUUCAGGCACUACACCGUGGGGUCCUACGACAGCUUUGAUGCAUCAAGCAACUGUGUUAUUGACGAGAAGACGGUAGUCCUACAGAAGAAGGAUAAUGAGGGAUUCGGGUUUGUGCUGCGAGGGGCGAAAGCGGACACGCCCAUCGAGGAGUUCACCCCUACACCCGCCUUCCCAGCCCUGCAGUACCUGGAGUCUGUGGACGAGGGCGGGGUUGCAUGGCGGGCGGGGCUUCGCAACGGAGACUUCCUCAUCGAGGUGAACCAGGAAAAUGUUGUGAAGGUGGGCCACAAACAGGUGGUCAAUACGAUCCGACACGGGGGCAACCGGCUCAUCAUCAAAGUGGUGACAGUUAGCAGGAAUCUGGACCCUGAUGACACGGCCAGGAAGAAAGUGGCCACACCUCCACGUAGGACUCCUCCCGCUGCCCUGUCCAUGGCCAUGCGCUCCAAAUCCAUGACCUCAGAGCUGGAGGAGCUAGAUAAAGUGGAAGAGAACAUGCCUCCUCAGAAGCCCACGUGGGACAACUCUAACACUGACAUAAGGGUCGCAAACACGGUCAAAACGCGGCCCAACAGCAGGUGCUUGGCCAUGAACCCAGAGAUGAAUUCCAUGUGUGAGAGCCAGGACGUGUCGAUGCAGGCCCAGACCCAGCCCAGAGAGCCAGGCAGCCCCAGAGGUCGAGGCCCCUUCCUGGGGGUGCCAAACAGACAGGGGACCAUGAGACGACAAAAGUCCAUAGGAACAUCUGGAAUAACAGAAGAGGACGCCCCUCAGUUCCUGACCCCUCCCAUGUUGAAAUUCACCAGGAGCCUAUCAAUGCCGGACACAACAGAGGACAUCCCACCCCCUCCCGCUAUCUCCCCUCCAUCUCCCCCUUACAACAACGACCCCAACCCCCAGGGCAGAGGCUACGGCACUAUCAGACACACUGUACCCAAAGGCACCGCCCCUGAGCGAGGAGGGGACCCCAACACAGGCGGCAGUGACGGAUGGAGGGAACAGGGGGGUAUGUACCACCCAGAGCCCCAGUCGGAACAGUAUCAGUCUGAGGACCACCACCACCACCAGGGUAGCCAGAGUCCAGGCCAAGGCCUCACAGCCCAGCAGAGCUUCCUGAACCGCAGGGCCCAAAUCCCAGAGAACCCAUACUCAGACCUGGGGAAGAUGGGCAACCUGGGCCUGUUUGCCCCCAACAAACCUCAGAGGAGAAAGGGCAUGCUGAUGAAGCAGAACAAGAUUGAGGACAGCCCAGAGAAGACCUGCACCAUUAAAAUCCCAACCAUCAUCAUCAAGGAGCCGUCUACAUCCAGCAGUGGGAAGAGCAGCCAGGGCAGCAGCAUGGAGAUAGAGACUGGAUCCCAUGACCACCCAGGACAACUCCGUCCGGACGACGGACACAACCCCAGCAGUCCCUUUGCCACGGCCAUGGCGGGCGCAGUGCGGGAACGUGAGAUGAGGAUGGUGGAUUCUCACCAGAACUCUCCAUCCUACAGGUUCACCGACCAGGGUGAAGAAGACUCGUCUCCCGCGCCUGCGCCUCGCCUCCGCCACUCCAAGUCCAUCGACGAGGGAAUGUUCAGUAGUGACGAGCGCCUGCGUCGCCUCAUGGCCCCACCUGCCUCACUACUCAGCAUCCCCAGAAGAGGGGGUAACGUGACGGUCUUCAACACCCCGGAGACCACUGUUGUGAGAGAGCCGCUCCACACGCGCACUGGCCACCACAGCCCCGUCAGUCUGCCCGCCAAGACCUAUACCUCCAGUAGUGGGCGCUAUGUCCACCCAGUCACAGGGAAGCCUUUGGACCCCAACUCCCCUCUGGCCCUGGCUCUGGCUGCACGGGACCGGGCCAUGAGAGAGCAGUCCCAGCCACUCCCGCUGAAGACCGAACCUCCUAAACCUGACCUGAACAAGCCUCUGUUCAUCGACACCAAGCUGAGGACCGGCAUGGGCGCAAAUUUCUCCUCGACCGCCACCAUGGGUCGACCGGGCAGGGCGGGGCUUCGUAGGCAGAUGACAGAGGCAAAGUAUGAGACAGAGUCCAAAUACGACCACCCGUUGGCCAAAGACAAGGACAAUAGUCUAUCCCGUCCUCAGAGAGAAGAGGAGAAGAAGAACAUGUUGAUAGACAUUGGUGACACGUCUCAGCAGAAGUCACCUGGGUUGCUGAUGGUCCACACCACUGACGAGAACAACCUGUCUGAGGGGGAGAGGGAGGCGGCGGUCAGUCCAGACAGCACCCCCAGUGAGCUCCGGGACCCCAACCAACCUAACAUCCUCAAAAUGGCCUCCCCUAACCCUCAUAACCCUCACUCUAUGGGCCCUGGACACAGAGGUAGUAAGACCAUGAUCACCGUCACCUCAGUGGACGAGCCGGUCAAACUACCCUUCGGUAUCCCCCCUCCACCCUGCGUUCCCUCCGUGGACAUCGACGAUGAGUUCUUUGCUGACCCACUGCCACCGCCUCUCGAGUUUGCCAACAGCUUCGACAUCCCAGAGGACCAAAAGGGGGCGAUUGCUGAGCUCCUGAAACAGCAACGAAACGCUGGCAGGGCACCAUCGUCUCUAGCCCCCUUCUAUCCCUAUCACGGUAACACCCCAGGCCACCCUGACCAGACUAUGAUCAAACGACCUGUGGUGCUCACCAACUGUACGCCCCCUUGCUUCCCCCACACCUUCUUAGAGAGCUACGAUCGUAUUAGUGACUCUGGCAUUGAUGUGGAGCAGGACAACCGCAGUAUUGGAGACCCCCAGCUGGAGACUACAAGCACUAUGUCCACCGUAUCCAGUAUCUCCACGCUGUCGUCCGAGGGUGGCGAGGUGCUGGACAACACAUGUACAGUCUAUGCAGACAGACAGGCCUUUCUGGUGGACCGGACUUCAAAGUCAAGAACCAGGCAACCUGCCGCAAACAAGAGCAAUGCACUUUACAAGGACCCUGCCUUGAUGGAUAGAGAGGAGAACAUAAGAACUUUUGCCGCACCUUCCUCCGUCCCACCGCCUUCCCCCGUGGCCAGCGUCACCUCAGAGCCCCCCAGAACACCAACUCAAAGAACCUCCAAGUUAUGGGGAGACCCUCCAGGCUCUAACCCCCAGGACAUGCAGAACAAGGACAGGACACCAAAGCCAGGAGAGGGGAUAGACUCUUCUUCCUCAGGAUGUAGGACUGUUUUUGGAUCAAGGGGUCCGGACAGUGGGUCCCUCUCCUCAGGUACACAGCGGAAUACCACAGUCUCUUUUGCUGCCCAGCUCCCUCCGAACAUGCCUGCCCCAUCUCCAAACCGACAGACAGAGAGCCCCUCCCACCACAGAGCCCCCAGCCCCAUCCUCUCUCCCCCAGACUCAGGCCUCGGUUGUGCCUCCUCUCUCCCUGCCACCUCUCCCACCCUUUCAGACGUGUUCGGUCUGCCCACCCCCCCUCUCAGCCUGGGCACGGGGAGCAGCCGCUCACCCUCCCCCCUCACCCUCAUCCAGGCCGUUUCCAACAAGCCUUUUGCCACCAAGCCGGUUCUGAUGUGGAGCAAACACGACGUGGCCGACUGGCUGGAGAGCCUAAACCUGGCUGAGCACAGAGACACCUUUAUGGACAACGACAUCGAGGGCAGCCACCUGCCUAGUCUGCAGAAGGACGACCUCAUAGACCUAGGGGUGACCAGGGUCGGACAUCGGAUGAACAUAGAGAGAGCUUUGAAACUUCUGAUGGACAGGUGAGAAGUGAGGAGGGUGAUGAGGUCUCUGAGUCUCCAACACUACAACUUCACAACAGGCUUCUAAGUUAAUUAUCAAUUAUGUCCAUAACAAUCAUUUUUAUUUAUGUUGACUUAUUUAAACUAUACUUACUGUAUAAUUGUUAUGAUGAUGCUUGUUUUGUUGAAAUUUAGGAAUAUCCUCAUGUAUCCUGAAGAAAUUGCAACUUGAAACAGCACUGCAGUUUCCUGAAUAAGCAAGAAGGUCCCCCAGAGUGGGAUAGAGUGGUCCCAGGUGAGGCAGAGCUGCUCUGUCAGUAGGAAGGAAGGAAGUAGAUACACAGGAUGUGGCUGUGAUAUGGAAUAUACUACACUAUCAAACACAACAGCAGCUUAAUCGCUAUGGGAUUUACGGACUUCUGAAAUCAACCUCAUUUAAAUGCAUAACCAGAACCAGCUUUGUAGGGGUUUCAUUUUCUACUGUUUCUCAUUUAGAAAUUAUGCGGUGAAUAUCUUUUUAGGAAAAAGGGGAAAACAUUUACAGUAUGUAUGUGCACUUCUGCCUGUGAAAUUAAGCUUUCUCUCUCUCCCUUUUCACUGGGUUGUAGGUUGAUUUGAGAGACCAUACAGUGUAUUCUCAGACACAGACAUUUAUACCCAGAAAGGAAAUCAAAGAUUAAAAUAAUUUCUAAAUUGGUACAGUAGCAAAGUUGUUGCACUUCAACCUUAUUUCAAUAGCUGUUUUACUACUGGUCAUGUUUACUUGAGGGUUUUAAACACAGUAUUGAAAAUGUAAAUUAAAUUGUUCAUAAAUCAUUAUCCUGUCUUCCACAAGAAGCUGAACUGUGUGCCAACAGCUCCCCUUACUGUAGUCUCCUGAACAUGACAUGGCAGAGUGUUGGCACUGGCAGUCAGGGCUUUCCAAUCGUUAUCAUCAACCGUCAUGCUUUCUUUCACAGUCUUCUAUGUCCUCUGAGAGGAAUAAUACAUACAUUAUCACAUUAGGUUAUUACUGUAUACCCUGAACUGAUGCUUAAGACUUUAGGAUUAAAUACACUAUCAGGAAUGAAUGACCCAGAGUUACAGGGUUGGGGUCAAUUCCAUUUCAAUUAAAGGUAGGGUCAGCGAUAUGACGUAGAUGCACAACGUAAACAGCAUAGUGGGUCAAUUUUAUGCGACAACUUAGAGAGUUUGAUUGCGACACUCAGCUUCUCUGCUGUUUUGGUCCUGUGGCUACUACGUUGUAAGUGCAUGAAUCGAACCAGAGCGCAUGCACAGAUACUGUGUGAGAGCGGAGUCUUGCAUCUUGCUCAUCGCAACAUCUGCGGUGCUGCUCACUCAACGUCAUUUUGAGGACUCUGGAAGUAAACUACAUUUCUAAUUCUACAAUUUUUGCAACGAGAAGCGUUGUGUAAAAUUGGAAAUGGAAUUAAAGUUUAUUUCCUGAAUUGAAAAGGAAUUUACCCCAACACUGCGGAGUAAGGAUGUUUUUGAAGACAGAUAUCAAAGAAGUGAAUGCACUUAUAUGGGAAAAAGUAGGUGAACAAACACUAGACCUGGUAUCAGAAGGAGCAGAGUUACACUUGUUUGGCAAGCAAAGAGAUGCAGAUACCACUAGGAAUCAAUUUGGUAGGAAUGUUUACUUUUUGUGUAUGAUAAUUUAAGUAUUAGAGACAUAUUUAAUCUAUGAUGGUGUUUUGAUAUGUUUUGUUGACGAGAAAGACAUUUGUAUGCAUCCACAAAGCUCAAAACCCACUGGCCAAAAACUGGUUGAAUCAAUGUUGUUUCCACGUCAUUUCAACCCCAUAAUUAAAUGUGAUGACGUUGAAUCAACGUAGAAAAGUGAUUUUAAUUGAAAAAAAGUAAUCAACGUAGAGGAAUUUAGUAUUUUUUACCUAAAUCCAAUGACAUUACAUUUUUUGGUUGAUUUCACAUUGAAUUCAUGUUAGCUGACAACUCAACAAAAUGUAAAUCAAAACUUUACAUUUAGUUGAGUUGAGCAUAAUUUCCCUCCAUGUUUUCGAGACAGGAUCUCUUCAUACUAUCACAAGUAAGUCCAAAAAGGCAGAUAUUCACUCAUCAUAAUAUGGAUGAGUUUAAAAUGUAGUUUAUUACACUUUCCACUGAGUUUGUCUGAAACGGGCUGCAGUUGUAUUUUCCACUCAGUUUGCGUUGGGUUUAUAUUCCGGAUCUUAACAGUUUAAACUUCUUGAUAUUUGAAUUUCUCGAGUAAAAGAAUGUGGGUGCUAGCUAAAAUCCCAAUGACAGUAUUUAUGGAAGGUUAUUUGGGAUCUACAUGUGCGUGGGAUCUAUUGGUUUGAUAGGGGGAAAACUGACCUUGAUAUGUCUGAUGACUGAUAUGCAUGACAUCACAGCAUUACAGUUCUAGUCUGUAGAAAUAGUCCACAGAAACCGUAGAUAUAGAAUGAAUUAUAUUUCUAUGGUAAUGACGCCGACCAUCUUUCAACUUGAGGGGACACUUUGAGAUGAGAUCUUAUGUUAAGAACCACAGGAACAGGAAGGAACACAGUAUUUUUGAUGAUGUAGAGAUUUUUAUCAUGAGGGUAUAUUCCUAUCUGUGUUGUCGCCAUAUCAACCCUGAGGUGUGGUUAGGUUUUCCGAAAAGCAGCGAAAUAUGGUUAAGAAGCAAUAUAAUAUACAUUCUGUUUCAAGUAGGUGUUAUUUUUAUUUUCCAGGUGAAUAAUUAUACAUGUAACAGGAUUUCAAGUCUCUAUUUUUAAAAUUGAUAUAAAUAAUUGUGUUAUAAUCCAUAUUCCUAUAGAGCAUAUUUGAAAUCUUUUAGCAAUUGAUAGUCACAUGUUUUGACGAAGCCUCUGUAAUUAUUAAAUGAUUAAUUAUUAAAAGCUGAUAUAAAUUGAUAUUUGCAUAGUUUGUGCAUCAUGUAUGUAUACUAUGAAGAUACUUGGGCUGUACCUGACUUCACUAUUUGCUAAAGGAAAUGUUACUUGACCAAGAGAAAAACACACCACUGAAUGGGACUGCUGAUGUAGAGUUGAUAGAUGCACAUUGCACUGAGGCCAUGCACAGACCUAUUAUAGUGAAGCUGACUAGACAUAGUAGUGAAGCUGACUAGACAUAGUAGUGAAGCUGACUAGACAUGUAUAGUGAAGCUGACUAGACAUGUAUAGUGAAGCUGACUAGACAUAUAUAGUGAAGCUGACUAGACAUAUAUAGUGAAGCUGACUAGACAUAUAUAGUGAAGCUGACUAGACAUAUAUAGUGAAGCUGACUAGACAUAGUAGUGAAGCUGACUAGACAUAUAUAGUGAAGCUGACUAGACAUAUAUAGUGAAGCUGACUAGACAUAGUAGUGAAGCUGACUAGACAUAUAUAGUGAAGCUGACUAGACAUAUAUAGUGAAGCUGACUAGACAUAUAUAGUGAAACUGACUAGACAUAUAUAGUGAAGCUGACUAGACAUAGUAGUGAAGCUGACUAGACAUAUAUAGUGAAACUGACUAGACAUAUAUAGUGAAGCUGACUAGACAUAUAUAGUGAAGCUGACUAGACAUAUAUAGUGAAGCUGACUAGACAUAUAUAGUGAAGCUGACUAGACAUAUAUAGUGAAGCUGACUAGACAUAUAUAGUGAAGCUGACUAGACAUAUAUAGUGAAGCUGACUAGACAUAGUAGUGAAGCUGACUAGACAUAGUAGUGAAGCUGACUAGACAUGUAUAGUGAAGCUGACUAGACAUAUAUAGUGAAGCUGACUAGACAUAUAUAGUGAAGCUGACUAGACAUAUAUAGUGAAGCUGACUAGACAUAGUAGUGAAGCUGACUAGACAUAUAUAGUGAAGCUGACUAGACAUAUAUAGUGAAGCUGACUAGACAUAUAUAGUGAAGCUGA